AUGGGUAAAGGAGAAGACACAUCAAAAAAAACAAGCACCGCUCCGGUGGAGAAGAUCGACAAGGCAGAGAAGAAACAGCCCGUGGUCAAUGAGUUGGAAAAGAAGAAGCUGGCGUUUAUCACCAGAACGAUCUGGUCAUUGGUCAUGAUAGGCUCAUUUCUAGUGCUUGUUCUUUCGGGUCAUUUGCCCCUAAUUGCAUUGGUUAUUGUGUUCCAGGUGUUGGUUUUCAAAGAGAUCAUCGCCUUGACUUCAGAGCCUGCCCGUGACAAAAACCUCCCUUACAACAAAUCAUUAAAUUGGUACUUCUUGAUCUCGACUGUGUACUUCUUAGACGGUGAGAGCAUCUUUGUAUUUUUGCAAGACAUCGACAUGUCUACUCCUUCGAUGAUGUUCAUGUACAGAAACCAUAAAUUGAUCGCAUACACCUUGUACCUCGCGGGCUUCAUUUUGUUUGUUUAUACUUUGAAAAAGGGAUUCUAUAAGUUCCAAUUGGCUCAGUUGUGUGCAACCCACAUGACCUUGCUCAUUGUGGUGUUCCAGUCGCAUUUGAUUAUUGACAACAUUUUCAACGGUAUCAUUUGGUUCCUUCUUCCUGCUGCUUUGGUCAUUGUCAACGACAUUUUCGCUUAUCUUUGUGGUAUCACUUUUGGUAGAACUCAGUUGAUCGCCAUCUCACCAAAGAAGACUGUUGAGGGUUUUAUUGGUGCUUGGAUCUGUACCAGUUUUGCCGCUGUCUUGUUUACUUACAUCUUGUCUCAGUCUGACUACCUCACUUGUCCAGCCACUCAACUUCGUACCACCAUCUAUGAUUACCCACACUGUGAGCCAAACCCAGUAUUCAUUCCUCAAUUGUAUCAACUUCCAACCAACCUUGCAGAGCAGAUUGGUACUGAUGUUAUCAUUUUCAAGCCAAUUUACUUCCAUGCGAUUAUUCUCGCCACCUUUGCUUCUUUAAUUGCCCCCUUUGGAGGGUUUUUCGCCAGUGGAGUCAAGAGAGCAUUCGGAAUCAAGGACUUUGGUGACACCAUUCCUGGCCACGGUGGUAUUACCGACCGUUUUGACUGUCAAUUUUUGAUGGGCUCAUUUUCUUACUUGUACUACCAGACAUUCAUUGCUGCCAGCAAUAUCACCUUAGGCAAAAUUUUGCAAAUGGCCGUAUUCCACUUGACGCAAGAUCAAAUUGUUCAUUUAACCAAGGCUUUGUUGAAGUACUUGGGUUCCACUGGUGCCAUCGAGCAAGAUAAAAUCGACAAGAUCUACGAUUUGUUGAACUAA